CCAGUGAGUGAAAAUUUGAUUGAUAUUUAUCCCUGCAGGUCAGCUUCGAAAUACGAUUGUUCCGACUCUAUUAUUCACAAUUACCUUGUUGCAUGCGCCUGGCAGAUUAGUCGAGAAGUCCAAAAGGGAACCAUUCUGGCGGGGAAGAGACGUAGAAGUACACCCAAGAUUCCGACGAAAACAGUCCGGAGCGGAUGCAAUAACCAAACACGUCACGAACACAAGCCACAAGCACCUUUCGACACUGUCGCCCACGACGACCAACACCCUUUCCACGACUUCCACCACAUUCAUGACAUAUCUAUGACUAGCCGACAAUCACGCAGCACGCCAUCUUCAUCCUCUUCCUCGUCUCCGCAUAGCUCAAAGUUGUCUAAAUUUCUAGCAAAACAGAGCCGGGACAGGUCCAAAUCUAUGACAGAUCCAAUCGCAGCUGCUAGCACCGCGUCUAUCGCCAGCUCAAGUUCAUCGAACUAUACGUCCGUGAGCAGUCCCCCACUCUCACAGUACAGCUCGCGAAAGAGCGGUAAAUUUGGUGGUGGGAACGUCAACAACAAUCCUAGAGAAGACAAGCCAAGCAGCCCGCAGCCUGACCUUGAUAGUGAACAGGAGGACUCAUUUGACGAAACACCUGUUAUCAUCGAACCAGCAGAUAUGCCACGCUUGCGGAAUCGCUCAGAACGCCCUCUCAGCAUGAUGUCUGACAUGCAUGCUUACACUUCAACAUCAUCCACACGCAUAUCGGAUCUCCCCACACGACUAUCUGGAUGGUUAUCACAUACUUUUACAAACUCAUCAACAGACCUAUCUCUCCCUUCCAUACUCUCUCAGUCAAAUUUUACCUCCCAAGCCUCCCCUAAGACCAAGAACUCAGCCUUGCUCACCGCCGCCAAGCACGGCAAAGGUCAUCUCGACCGCGCCAUGCGCUUUUUACUGGAUAGUGAUUCUAUCCCUAAUAAAUCCCCAGAGCCCAUCUGGCUACUUGGCGUACAACAUUCAGGUUACGAACCUCCUCCUACCCCAAGCCGCCGCCCUUCCGUUGAAUCUCGCCGCUCCCCCUCUUUCCGUUCUACCACGUCAUCCUCAGCCACUGUCUUGCCUGACCCUUCUCUGUCCCAAUCUUCGUCCUCUUCCAAAAACCCUGCCAACAAUUGGCCACCUGUUUUCUACGCUGAUUUUACGUCACGAAUAUGGCUAACAUAUCGUAAUCAGUUCGCUCCUAUACGCGACUCCACACUUUCUGCUCUAGAGUUAGAUAUGGCUUGCUGCGAGCAGCAGCAACCUGUCUCUUCCAGUCCGCGCCCUAAGAAGUGGCAUUGGCCAGGCGGGGGCGAGAAGGGCUGGACGAGUGAUGCAGGAUGGGGUUGCAUGCUCCGCACAGGUCAAUCACUAUUAGCAAACACCCUCUUGCAUUUGCACCUAGGUCGAGAAUGGCGUCGUCCUCCACAACCGGUACACACAAAUGAUUAUGCCACAUAUGUCCAGAUCAUCACAUGGUUCCUGGACUCGCCUCUCCCUCAAGCACCUUUCAGCGUACACCGCAUGGCUCUUGCCGGAAAGGAUUUGGGAAAAGAUGUUGGGCAAUGGUUUGGACCUAGCACUGCCGCAGGCGCCAUAAAAACACUUGUACAUGCCUUCCCAGAAGCUGGCCUUGGGGUCUCUGUCGCGACCGAUGGUGUUAUUUAUCAAUCUGACGUGUACGCUGCGUCAAACGUGCACAUUGGCUCACCGCGACGUCAUAUGAGGGCCGCCUGGGGCGGACGCGCGGUUCUUGUACUUAUUGGUAUCCGUCUGGGUAUUGACGGUGUUAAUCCUAUCUACUACGAGACUAUCAAGGCGCUCUUUACCUUUCCGCAAAGUGUGGGAAUCGCUGGCGGGCGCCCCUCCUCCUCAUACUAUUUUAUGGGCUCACAAGCUGAUAAUCUCUUCUACCUCGAUCCUCAUCACGCUCGAACCACCGUACCCAUCCGCCCAGCACCUCCACAUGACUUCAAACGCGAGAUGACCCCAGAUUCGGGCCGCCCCCGUACCUCCCACCAUCGGGCACCUACCUCACCCUCAAGCGUGCGCACGGGGAGCUCAACGUUCUCAUAUCACGCACCACUGUCGCCUUCACCGCUGCAGCAUCAACUCAGCGCGUCCUCCAACGCGUCAGGCUCCUCUGGCUCGCACCCGCCACGCUGGGCGACCGCGAGCAUGUCGAUACCUGUGGGAGGAUCAGAACUAGACCCACGAGAAUUGAGUACGGAGAGUGCCAGCGAGCUGGACCCAGUUGCAGAGCACUACGUGACGCAGUAUUCCGCUUCUGAGCUGCGGACGUUCCACUGCGACCGCGUGCGGAAGAUUCCACUCAGCGGGCUCGAUCCAAGUAUGUUGCUUGGGUUCUUGUGCAAGGAUGAGGCGGACUGGAUUGAUCUUCGGAAGCGUGUGAAUGAGUUGAUGCAGAAGCACAAGACGAUAUUCACGAUCCAGGACGAGCCGCCCUCGUGGCCAUCUGAUUCGGACGAGUUCAUGGGGCUCGAAUCCAUCUCGGAGCCAGAUAUCGACCUGGAUUUUGACGGCGACGGCGGGGAGCGAGAGGAACGUCCCGAGAACGAAGACCAGUUCUUCGAUACUCGCUCUGCCUCCCACUCUCCUAUGAUAAAAGGCCAGAGCUCAGAGGUCGAUACGGAGGAGGAUCCUAUAGGGCCGAUCACCCCUGGCCCCAAUUCGAUGUUCGAGGUGGACGAACCAGACAAGUCGAAGGAGCACGUGGAGGAUUUCGAGGAGAUCAGUGCUGAGGACGAGGAUGAUGAUGAUGAUGACUGGGUAGAUCCAUCGCUACCCACUCCUCUCGCGCAAUCCGUACAGCGGCCUUAUGCGCCUCCACUUGAGAAAACGACAUCAACGAGCUCCACCAGCAGCGCUGGAAGUGCGGGGAAGGGGAAGAGCAAGAAGUCGGUAGGGAGAAAGUCGAAGAAGACAGCGGUGCCGCUGAUGAAGGUGCCAGUGAAGGCUGAGGCGAAUUUCCCGUUCCCGCGGUCGUUGGAGGAGAGCGUGCAUGACGGGAGGCGUAGCUCCGAAGCGGAGCCGUACGAGAGGCGGAUGAACAAUGCACGCGCGAGAGACGGGGGGCGUACUGAGAGCGGGGGCGUCAAAGCUAUUUUGACGGAGGAUAUGAGAUAGCCCGGGUUCGUGUUGGCUGGUGGUGUUGGGUAUGUUUUUUAUAGUCCCCGAGCGUCAUUUCAUUUCGACUUGCAGCUGCCUGUGCUGUGGUGGGACCCAUUGUUUUUCUCAGGGCCUGUAACUACUUAUGUAUGUACUUUUGCCUGGUUGUUCGUAGAGAUACCCGUCACGUUAGGCAUUGGCUCGAUGUGUUAUCCAUUUCCUUCUCAUGGCCUCAGGCUGUCCGACGUCCAGUGGCCGACUACAUGAUUCAACAACUUAAUGUCACGCUCC